AACAUCGCCGCCGCCGCGGAAAACGCGUCUCUUGCCGGGCCCAUCAUCUACAACUCCGUCGUCGCAUUUCACAUCUCGAGUCGCAAGACCCGCCAGAGGCCGCCCAGAAUGUCCGCCUCAGAUCAAAACAACCAACAGCCACCACCCCAGACCGAGCCGCAUCGAACGACACAAACACAGGCGCACGACCACGCCGUCCAACCCCCGACGACGGGAUCCGACACGCAGACCGGCGCCGCGUCAAUAGCAACAGCGGCAAGCGCCGCAGCACAACCACCACAACGCCCACAAGAAGGAGGAGGCGAAGGGGGAGGAGCUGGAGAGGAACAUGAACACCAGCCGCCGCCGGGCUCCCCUCCACUCCCGCCAAAACACACCCCAGUGACACCGGGUCCGCGCGCAACCCGAUUCACCCAGCUCUACGAUCUCGCCCUCCAGCGUACCCUCCAAAAGGUCAGCUACGACAACUUCGCGUCGUGCUUCCCAACAAUUGCCGUCCAUGCGCCCAACACGCUGCGCAACGUCCAGAAGCAGAUGGUUGACUACCUCGAGGAGAGGUGUAACAAGGACUUCCAAUCGAUCCUGGUAGACCGCGAUGUCAUCCGGAAACUUAACGACUUUGAGAACCUCGUCAGCGACGCCGAGCGCAGGAGACAAGAAAGCGGCGACUCGGCAGAAGAACCGAUUCCACCGCACCUCCUGUCCCCCGACGAGGUUCUCGCAGCCCACCUUGCGCCGCGCCUCGCCUCGCAGCAGUCCCACCUCAACGCCCGCCUUCAAAACACACAAGCCUCGAACGAGUCCCUCUUCGCCACCAUCCAGUCCCAGCGCGCCGAGAUCGAUGCCCUCCUCGCCCAGCUCGAGAGCCACGUCGCCGACAUUGACGGCGCCAACGCCAUGCUGGUGGACGUCGCUCCCGAGCUGGCUGCUGAGGCGCGCGCUUCCGAGGCUCAGAUGUCAGGAAUGUAAUGGACACAAGGGAAAGUGAAGAAGGUGAACAAGAGGAAAGGAAGAAAGGCUGAUUUUUUUUUUUCCGUCGAGCUUGUUUAUGGAGUGCAUUAGAUACCACUUUGAUAUUACCAGGGUCUGUAUCCAUUUCCCUGCCUGAAGCCUUUCUUAGCCGAUGUCAAUG